ACGGACUGGUUGUUCAGGACGGACUCGGACCGACAGCUGAACUUUUUUUAAUGUUUUUAUUUUCAGCAGCGGGUUGAAGUCUCUGUUCUCGGUUCUCCUGCAGCCGAACAGGAUCCGCAGGUCCGUGAUGAGGAUCAGGAUCAGGAGAGUCUGAACAGGAUCAGGAGAGUCUGAAGAGGAUCAGGAGAGACUGAACAGGAUCAGGAGAGUCUGAACAGGAUCAGGAGAGACUGAAGAGGAUCAGGAGAGUCUGAACAGGAUCAGGAGAGUCUGAACAGGAUCAGGAGAGUCUGAACAGGAUCAGGAGAGUCUGAACAGGAUCAGGAGAGACUGAAGAGGAUCAGGAGAGACUGAAGAGGAUCAGGAGAGUCUGAACAGGAUCAGGAGAGACUGAACAGGAUCAGGAGAGUCUGAACAGGAUCAGGAGAGUCUGAACAGGAUCAGGAGAGACUGAAGAGGAUCAGGAGAGUCUGAAGAGGAUCAGGAGAGUCUGAACAGGAUCAGGAGAGACUGAACAGGAUCAGGAGAGUCUGAACAGGAUCAGGAGAGACUGAAGAGGAUCAGGAGAGUCUGACCUGUCAGAAACUCAGUCAUGGAUUCAGAGAUCGGUUUGGUGGCAGACAGCUGGCAGCUCGACGCUCCUUUCUUCAGCGGCUCAGAGAACCGUCUGCAGGACUGGACUCUGGACCCGGACUGUACGCUGAACGACAGCGAGUCAGAGGACGUCCUUCAUGGCGUCGACCCAAACGAGGUGUUUCCCAGCGGGCCGCCGGCAGAAUCCUCGUCGGAGAGCGACAGCGGCAUCUCCGAGGACCCUGUAGCUCCCGUCAGCAUUCAGAACACCGUCUAUCAGGUGGUUUAUGACAUCAGCAGCCUGGGCGGCGUGAAGACUGAACCCGGACCAGAGAACGUGGUCUCCAUAGAGCUCGAUGAGUGGAGCUCUCAGGUGCUGUUUUCAGACUCGUGCAUUGUGAACCAGCUGCCCGUGGUUUCUGCAGAGCGCCUCCAUGACCCUCUCAGCCCGGACGGUGUUCUGCUGUUCCCAGAUCUGCAGCUGACUGAGGAGGAACAGAAGCUACUGACACAGGAAGGAGUUUCUCUACCCAACAACCUUCCUCUCACCAAGGCUGAAGAAAGAAUCCUGAAAAGAGUUCGGCGAAAAAUCCGUAACAAGCAGUCGGCUCAGGACAGCCGGCGGAGGAGGAAGGAGUACAUUGAUGGGCUGGAGAGCAGGGCAGUAUCUUGCUCUGCACAGAACAAGGAGCUGCAGAGGACAGUGGAGCAGCUGGAAAAGCGCAACAUGUCUCUGCUGGCUCAGCUGCGACAGCUUCAGUCUCUGAUCAAACAGACAGUCAGUAAAGGAGCUCAGACCAGCACCUGCUUACUGCUCAUCCUGGUCUCUCUGGGUCUAAUCAUCAUGCCGAGUUUCAGUCCGUUCAUCACCAACUCGUCUUCAGACGAAGACUACAGACCCACAGGAGUUAUUUCCAGAAACAUCCUGACAGAUCCGUCCUUCUCCCAGCCGACAGCCGACGAUGCCGAUGUUCCAGCUGUGCAGUCCAACUCCUCGUCACUGCCCUUUGAACUCAGCCAAUCAGGACCUGCAGAGGGCGCCGCCAUCCUCCAAGAACCAAUAGAAACCCCUGAAAAUACAGGCUUUGAUGCGAGGACUCCCCAAUUGGGGAACGACUCGGCUCUCGUUUCCGGACAAACUGAGCCGCUGGUUCUCGGUCUGAGGUUAGCGGUGGCGAAAGAAAGCCGUGAUCCCGCCAAACCUGCACACGCUGAUGAGAUGUAGACUGAUGUUUUCAACCCCAAUAAAGGGAUUUCAUGUUCAAUGUCUAGCUCAAAGUCAUAACCAGAAAUGGACGCUCUGAAUAAUCGCUGGCCGGAUUCAUCUGGAAUUAAUUGAUUAAUGGGUGGUGGUGUUCCUAAAAUUUGCCCAUAAGAACUACAUUGUAAUUCAGACCUAACUUCGCCUUUUAUGUAAAUCUAGUUUGAGCUUAAAUAAAUAGUGAGAUAUUUGGUCAAAUUUGCUAAUUUGCUUUCUUCUCAAGAGUUAGUUAAGAAAUUCAAAACCACUGUCAAUAAAAAGUUAAACCUAGUUGCUUAGAUCGGCACAAAGACUAUAAACAGGGAUAAAUAGCUAGCAACACUUUCCCCACUCAAAGGUAACAACAUCCACCUACCAGCACUCCGAAAUCUCACUGAUAAGUAUGUUGUUUGGUUAAUUUGUUUAAAACCCCAGAGUAUAAAAAUGACCCGCUGUGUUUUGUAAUGGAGGUUGAUGUGGCGGCUCAAAAGUUUCAUCUCCGUUUCCAGUCUUUGUGCUAAGCUAUGCUAACUGUUAACCGUUUAGCAAAGACCAGCAAAUAUCUCUGGUGUCACUGUUUUCAAGGAAGCAAAAAGUUUACCUAUACCUUUAACCAGUUCAUUUGAAAGUGUGUACUUAAACUGCUAAAGAAAAGUCUUGUUUUUUCAGUGUGGCUUGUAUUUUUUUUUAUUCUUGUAUUAUUACGUGAUGCUAACUCUGCACUCACUUCUUCCAUCGCAAAGAUUUGGAAAACAUGGGGAUGGAAAUGUAUAUCUGCGUUUGUCAAAGCUUUUCAAAUAAACUCAAAG